AUGGCUGACACAUGGCCCAAAGCGCUGCUUCUCUGGGUUUCGCUGCCGUUGUUGCUGUGUGAGAGAGCAAUCGAGUUGCAUGAUCUGAGGACAGACAGACACACCAGCGCGGCAGAGAGUCUGGCGGACCUAGCGCAAGGCGAACAAGGAGAACGGGCCUUUGGCACGGAGGCCAGCCCACGAAGCUUUCUACAAACCGGCAGUGAGAGAGGCCGGCGUGCAAGGGAUCCCGACCAUGACGCUCCUGACCCCGAAGAGAAGUUUGAUGACGAUAUCGGGGUGGCCAUCCUACAAUUGCCGGAAGUUCCGGCCACGAUGUACCGCAAGCUGAAGGCUGAGCUUGCAUCAAAUGGUCCAGUUGAGACUUCCGUCCAGGAAACGGAUGCAGCCGGUGAUGAGACAAUGAAAGAUGCAGAGGAGUGGAGGGAGACAGAGAAGGAGCUCCAGCAAGCCACAGAGGAUCUGGGCAAAGCAUCACACAAGGCAAUAACAGCAGGAGCUGAAGGGCUUGCGGUGCGUUGUGUUGCCGAGAAAGCCGCAGCGUCAACAGACGAUCAGAUGACCUCUGCAUGUGAGGAGUUGGAGAAGGAGCAAGAAGACAGGGAGGACGGGGCUCGAUGCUACGCCUUCGUUUCUGACAACAACUGUGCCGAUCCGACACAGUGCCAAGGUCCAUGGAUUUGUUGUGGCGAGGAUGGACAGUGGAGGGAAGAUAAGAACAUCAAGUGCGUGCCUGCGAAGGCAUCUCAGGACAAGUUUGUCCUACUCCGGAACGAGGUGGAGGAGGACUUGAAACACUUCGGCUUGAUGGAUUCCAACUGCUUAAAGCAGCUGUGGAAGAAACUUGAUGCGAACGGCAACAAUGUCGUCAGCCUUGCAGAGAUUGACAACCUCGUUGUUGACAUGGUCAAGGCAAGCAUCUGGCCGGAGUGGGUCAACAACAAGGAUGCCAUUCGCAGGGCUUACGAGAAAACGAUUAAGUUGGAUGGUGAUGGGGAUGACUGGGUGGAGAAGGAGGAGUUCCAUUCAUUGCUCCUGAAUCUGUUCUGGUUUGGCCAUGUCCAUCGCAUCUUUGAGGAGAUCGACACGAGCCAUGAUGGCAGGAUAAACUUGGAUGAGUUCACUGCAGGAAUGGCGCAGCUCGAUAUUCACCUUUCUCCAGAAGAGGCGAGAAAGGAGUACAGUACUAUCGACAUUGACCAUGGUGGGAUGAUCCUCUUCACAGAGUUCUGCGCGUACAUCAGAAGGCGGAUACAUCCAGACCACAACCCCGCUUUUGACGCAGACAUUGUAUCCAAAGACAGAUCCAAUGAUACUUUGCGGAAGAAGCACGGGGAUAGGGCGACCCACGGCCACUUCGUAAAUAAGAAGACGCUCGCAGACUUCGACAAGCUUGAGAAGGAGUUGAAGGAAGUAUUAAAGGCCAACGACCAGACACAAUUGAAAAAGAUGUGGAAGCGCUUGGACUUCAAUGGCAACAAUAUCGUCUCCCUUGCAGAGGUUGGCAAGAUGGUCAAUGAGCAGUAUCCAGUGCUCAACCAUCAGCCCGCGUUGAUGCGCGCUUUCAAGGCAACCCUACAAGGAGGAAAUGGGGAUGAGUGGGUGCAGAAGAGUGAGUUCAAGAUGCUUCUCGGCAACCUUUUCUACUUCAACAAGCUCUACUGGCUUUUCGACCAGGUAGACGAAGACCACGAUAGGAGAAUGACUUUGAAGGAGUUCCAGUGGUGCAUGUCCGUGUGUGGCAUCAAAAUGUCACAGGCCAAGUCUGAGGCAGAGUUCAAGAAGAUCGACUUGAAUGGCGGUGGAAUCGUUCUUUUUGAUGAGUUUUGCCGAUACUUCACGGACAAACACUGCCCAGAAGCCAUGAAGGUUUCCUUACUUCGGGUCCUUGUGAGCCCUUGGAGUCAUAAGUGGGUGGAAGCAGAGACGCAAAGAUGCCAAGAGUUGGUGUCGCAGACAGGUUGCAUGAUUGGGUUCGAUGUGCCCAUGUUCGUGUGCCCAGACAUUGCCGGCAGCCGGGUGCAAGCUUUGCUGGUGACCCAGCGUAACAUUCAUCGGGCUCCUGGGCUACCCUGGACCAUUUACCACCCGCACAUUCAGGAGCCAGAGCAUACGGAGAAACUUCAGGGCGAGACCAAGGGCCUUGCCAGGUACAUACCCAAGAAUUACCGCCACCAGCAGUUCAUAGAAUCUGUGAGGUCCGGUGAGUAUUUGGGGCCAGAUUGGCCGUACAAUCUGCUGAGCUCCGUCUUUUGGAAGGAGCGACGCUACAAUGCCUCCUACAACCCGGUUCCGCCGGACAUGUCCGUACUUCCAGGUAUUUUGUUCUUCCCAAGACUGAAUGUCUGGUGCGUGGAGUGGUGGGAGCAGGACAAGCAACGUUUUCGUUGGUUCAGAGCGAACUAUGGCUUCAUGCGAGCCAAGCAGCAUGCGGAGGACUUUCGACGGAGCCUGAUCGAAGCAGGUCGUAUCGACAACUGUCGCACGGAUCGAGAGAUCCGCAUUCAGCAACUGGCUCGCAUCGAGGCAAAGAAGCUUCGGACGAAGAAGUUCUCAAACAAAGAUGCUCGCCGCCUGGGCAAUUCAGGCAGCAAGCAGGGGCCUCCGCGCGCUGCGCGGCGUGACUACCAGAAGAGAGGCAGAUUGCCCAUCACUCUCCGCUCGUAUCCUUGCGCGACCGAACUUCCUGCACUGAUUGCCUUUGCCAAGUUUGUUUUGGCAAAGUCCAUCAAGUUGCGGGACAUCACCACGGAGCUGAACGACUGCGUCUACACCAGCGGGAAGUAUCCAUUGCUGGUUGACACAACGGGCCAAGCAUGUCAAUUCCUGAAGUACCGUGGUCGCUAUCUCUCGAUCCUCAAGAAGGGCGACUUCGAGAAAGAUAACCUUCGGAAAGCGCUGGUGCAGGCUCUUCACAAUGGGGCCUGGCUGGUCCUCGACUUCGAUAAACUUGAUUGCGAUCUCCAGUCCUACUUCGACAAGGACUCUUUUCCAGAAACGGUUCUAUCUCCACAUGAGCUCUUCCUGGAGGAAAACUACACUCCGCUUUUACGUCCCACAGAUGAGUUUGCGGCGAAGGUCACCUACGAACAUCAGGCUGCCCUGGCGGAAGGCGCAUUUCAGGACAGGACAAAGUGCCAUGCCCCUGAAAGAGUUGCGGAUGUGAACAAGAAGUUCGAUCCCAAAGAUGCUUUCCGUUUCGUGCUGGCGACAAAGCAGGAGGAGUCUCCUGCUUCCUUGGCAAACAAGAUGGUGCUCCUCAAGGUGGAUGUUUCGGAGAGCGAGGUGAAGGAGAACGCUGGAAGGUGGGCUGGUCGUGAGCAGCCCAAAAAGGAGAAGUCCAAGGAGCAGAUUAAGAUGGAUGAAGAGCUGCUCGAGUUCGCAUUCGAUGGUGAGCUGCAGGAAGUCCAGAAGCUGCUUGACAAGUCCGCAGACCCCAUGGCAAAGGAUGGUCGUGGGAAUACCGCGCUCUCCGAAGCAGCAGUGCAAGGCCACUUAGAAGUGGUGAAGUGCCUCUUGGUGCUGGCCUCAGUUAGAGGGCGCCCAUCGGGAGUGAUCCGAAUGCAGCAGGCACUCUUCGAACCGCAAGAGCCGGACCUUGCGAAACGUGUAAAGUACAUGUCGUCAUCUGAAUCAGAGUGUGGCGUCCAGGCAGUGGCCCAGCUGCUGCUAGAGCAUGGCAGUGACCCUCGCACCAAGGACCGCCACGGUGAGCUGCCCUACGACAUGGCAAGCAAUGAUGAGACCCGAGCAGCUCUUGAAGCCUGGGAUGCCUCAAAAACCGACACUCUGAAAGAGGAAAGGUCAAAAGCCGUGGACGCGGAGGACGAGAAGAACGUUCGCAACGAAGAGGAGCGCUUGCAGCUGGCACGGCGCAAGAAAACCGCCAAGCUCUGUGAGCUUACAGAGCCGGGGCCAGAGGGGGCCGCAGGAAACAUGCACACGGAAGUCACGGAAUGUGAUGUUCUGGGAGUGUUCGGAAGCAUCUGGAAGCAAAGUGAGAAGGAUGCCCUCGAGCUCGAACUCCUAGACCUUGACCGCAAAGAGGUGGCCACAUACCGGGACGACCGUGGGAAUAGCAUACUCCAUUUGGCGGCCGCUCAUGGUCUGGCUGGCAUGGUUUUCGCCUCGCGGGGAUGCGGUGUGUCAGCGACAUUCAGCGACACUGUUUCCAGGUCGCCAGGAAAUUGCUUCGCAGCAAAUCCGCGGGACUCCAAAGGGUGGACACCGGUUGCGGUGGCUGCAUUUCACGGCCACAAGAAGAUUUGCCAAGUUCUCAUGGCCAAGAAAGCCGAUCCCCAGAUUGAAAAUGCUUACAGGAAGGAUGCCUUUGCCGUGGCCAAGGAUGACGAGAUCAAAGAGACACUGAAGUGUCUCCGCCCUGGAACCUUCGUUUCUGAAACUUGA